CUCCUAUUUAGCUCAUUGACAAAUCCGAUGUGGCAGUUUUAUCGCCGGCUAAACUGGCUUAUUGUACUUGCUCUUACUUGACUGCUUAACCAACUGAGCACUGUUGUAAUUAAAUCAGUGCAUGGCUAGCCCUACCAACUUCACUUCAGAGCUCAGACUGGACCUGUCCCUCUGAAUAUUUGUUUUGGUUGUUCCUUGCUGUAGAGGUAGGGAUCAGGCUCUGAAUGAGUUGAUGAUAGUACAAGGGAGAAUUGAUUAUCAGCAUGGCAAUGGAGGAACAUGCAGACAUAGCAAUAGUGAAACUAGCUGAGUACUAUAACUGCUACUAGCAGUUGUGCCAUGAAUAUUCACCAGUCAGCAUCCAGUAGUAGCAGGAGGAGGAGUAAGUAGAGACUAGAGAGCAGCAGUUAUCACUGGUCUCCUUGGCUUGGUUUGCACGGGCAUUAUUAUAUGUAGCUGUUGGCUGAUGCUGCCAUUGCCAGGCCAGCACCAUAACUACUCCUGGUACUAUAGUUAAAUAGGAGUAUCUGUCAUGCUCAUGACAUGCUUGCCUUCUUCUUAUUCUCCUUCCCUAUGGUCUUCUUCUUCUUCUUCUUCUUCCUCGGAGCUCGUUGAACUCCUCCCGCCAUAAUUGCAUCCCCUAUUCUUCGCCACCACCAUCGCAAGAAUAUUCUUUGAAGUGUUUUGUGUUGUACUUGCAUUCAUCUCUCUGAUCAAAAGAGGAAUUGGCAACAGAGGAGGAUACUAGGAUGGUGGAGGCAGUGGCGUCUUUUCGGAGAGGAGGCGUUGGCAUUGCCGGGAUGAGCAGCAGCACUCUGGAGGAGGUGCAGAUGCAGGAGACGCUCAUCUUCUCUGAUACCAUCAAGGAUCUCAAGAUGCUGAAGUCGCAGCUGUACUCUGCAGCAGAGUAUUUCGAACUAGCCUACACGCAGGAAGAUGACAAACAGGAGGUGAUGAACAACCUGAAGGAGUAUUCCGUGAAGGCGCUCGUCAACACUGUCGAUCACCUGGGAUCCAUAUCCUUCAAGGUUUCAAGCCUCAUCGAUCAAAGGUUCGAUGAGGUUGACGACACAAAUCUCCGGGUGUCCUGCAUCCAUCAGAGAGCCCAAGUGAGCCAAGCAUGCAUGGACAAGGAAGGCCUUUCACAGCAAUCAUUGGUGAUCACAGCUCCCAAGUAUCACAAGAGGUACAUCUUACCAGGAGAUGGUUCAAUGCCUAAUGCUGUGCCCAACUUCAGCGAGAUGAGGAAGGCCAAGAACAGAGCUGCACAGAUGCAACAGGUCUUCAGCGCAGCAGCAUCCCAAGCAAAAGCCAAAGAGAAGCAACCUUCAUUCAGCAAGCUUCGGUCGAUCGCCCGUGCACCUUCGCAACGUGCACGCUCGUCGUCACCAGCACAGCGCCCACCUUCUGAGAAUACAAUACCCACCAAACGAGCAGAUAAGAGGUCAGAAUCGCCAAUUCCCAGGACCACGCCACUCACAAGGUCUGGAUCACUUCCACAAAAGCCAUCCUUGUUGAAAACUUCAAGUGUCAGAGUUCAGAUGCACACAUCAGAGCACAAGAAAUUGGCAUCAGUGAGGUCACAAGCUGACAGAAACGAUGACAAGGAAGGCGAGCAGACUCCAAAGAAGGGCAAGAAGUUUCUCAAGUCGCUGCUCAGCAGGCGCAAGUCCAGAAAAGAGGAGCCUUUGCCCUGUUACUUUGAUGAUUACUGAGUCCCUUUGAGAGAUCCCAUGGCACAGCAAGAAUCUCUGAAUACUUUUUACAUCGUUUUCUUCCCAUGAAAAAGUUUGUCCUUGAUAUGAAAAACUUGUCAUUGUAUAGCAUAAUAGUAAACAGCAUAUAUAAGUUGUUGAGGAUGAUUACUGGA